UGCUUUUAGACAUUCAGUCGUUUGACGGACGCACGAGCAGGCUACGAGAGUCCUACGAAUUCACGCCCUCUUGAAUAGCUAUGGAGGUCACAGACAUGACGGAGAUUGAGGACACUGCCAGAAUCAUUGAUCACAGUGACAGAGAGUGGAACACCUUGGACCACCAACAACUUGUGUCUCGGAAUGAAGAAGGCCCAGUCCAGGGUCACUACAUGUAUGUUGACGGCAAGUCUGUUUUCACAAAUGCGAUGAGCACCAAUCAGAAAACUCUUUUCAAAACUCACACUGUCUUGGAAUUUGACCGAGAAAUGAAUGCACGUCAAGUGGUUAUGUUAGAGAAUACUUCUGGUAGUGUUGUGGCGAUAAACCGACAGGAUGAUACCAUCAUUGCAAAGAAACUUCCCACGCCUCCAAGCACAUAUAACACCCUGGAUCAAGUUAAAAAGGAUCAUCCAGAAGUGCUCUUCUACAAGAUCCCAAGAGAACCUGGGAGUGAACUAUUUUACUUCAAAUCCUACCUGACAGAUAAGCAAAGGAUUCUGGGAUUUGACCAGCAUGGCAAUCCACUGAACACCGCUCAGGUCCAACCAGAUCAGCUGGAAAGUCAGUUUAGUAUGAUUUAAUACUCGACUGACUGUGAUUGUUAAAACCACGCGGACUCUGGAAGUGUCAUUUUUGACAUUUUCUGCUGCCAUCACUAUGCCAGAAACAAAUGUUUGGUUCAAUUUGUUGAAAAAGUUAUGCCUGUAGAUUGUGAUUGGUAAAUGUAGAUGUUGAGCCAUUUUGUAUUGUUUUUGUUUUUCAUUUUUUUUUCCCAAGGUUCAUUAAUUGUUGUUGCGAUUAAGAUUGGUGACCAUAAGAAAUGAAACCAUUAGUUGGGUUUUGAGCUUUAGAGUUCUUGUGGUUUUUGAAAAUUAACAGUUUUUCUAAAGAAAGUGGCUAAGGGAAUUGAACAUGUAACUGCUUAUCAUCUCAGACUCUCUCAUUUCUGAAAUAUACAGAGAUGAAGUAAAAUAGUUAUGACAUAAAUAGAAAACAAAGGACUUGACCAUGAAAACGUUAUUCAUUUUUUGGGGGGCAACUUUCUUUUAAUUUUUAUAACAAUUAAUAAUUAUAGCGACUCUCAAUCUGGUCAUUUGCAAUCUGAAUGCACAUAAUGCAUAGACUAAUAAUGAGGUAAUAAUUAAGAAUAAACUUGAAGGAAAAGUGAAACUUCAGCUUUUUAAAAAUGCCAAGCAUGGUUGUACUAGUUGCAAAAACUAAUAUUAGCCAUAACUGAUUUUGCACCAAGUUAUUUGACCUGAAAUGUACAACAGGGCACAUGGCACACCUUUUCUAAGUUAUGAGCUGUCUAUUAGAGAACUCUGCAAAAUAAUGCAAAACAAACAAAAACUUAAGAUUAAUCUAGACAGAAAGUUGGAACCAUUCUUUAUAAAGUUGCACAUAAGAAAUUGGUUACAAAAGAACUGUCUGAAGGAGGACUAUUGAAAUGCUCUCCUAGUGAAUCUGUAUAAUUUACAUGUUCAGUUUCCCUUAGAACUUGCAUUUGGUCAAACAGUUAUCUAAUGACAUGCAGAAAAUGUUUCUGUUUUGUUUUGUUUUUUCUAGAAGAAAAGGAUAAGUUACGUAAAUUACAAUUAACGUGAAAUUACUUAAUCCAUUGCUGAUGAAUUUCAAGAUUUGAUGUUUGUCAUUAAAUGCAAUUGAAGUCGCAAAUAUUUUCUAGCAAAUGAGGUAAAUUCCAUUUGAGGAAAGAAAUGUGCUUCAUUGAGUACUUUUCACUUGAGUUCAGGUUAUAAUGGAAAUACAAUUUUUUCCUAUGGAAAAAAUCUUUCUAUGAUUAUAAUAGAAAGAUUUUUUUAAGACAAAAUUAUCAAAAUAAUAAUUAUAAAAAGAGUAUCAGUAUUCAAAAGAAUAUUUUGUAGAUGACUUGAUAUAAAAUUGCACACUGUUAGAUAGUGAAUUAUUUUUACAGUAACUGUACUAAUGUACAUCAAAAUGUUUUGUAAACGUAAAUCUUGUUAAUUAAUAAUUUAUUACAUGCAAUUUAUUUUUAUACCAUUUUUGAGAUAAAAAUAGGUAUUGAAAGAAAUGACAAAUAUGUAUCAAGUUUGAGGUACUGUUAUGUAUUUUUUUAUUGUUGAUAUUUUCAACUUUACAGUUUAGUUUCUUAUAAUAAAUUUGGUCAUUUA